AUGGUUGAAAGCAUUCUCGACGACAUCUCCCACCGGAGAUUCAAUCCCCUCCGGGGCUCCUAUGUCUUGGUUUCUCCCCAUCGCACCAAGCGUCCUUGGCAAGGAGCACAAGAGACCCCGUCGAAGACAACUCUGCCCACUUACGAUCCCGCGUGCUACUUGUGUCCUGGAAAUAAGCGUGCGCAAGGAGAUACCAACCCCAAGUACGAGAAAACCUUUGUUUUUGUAAAUGACUACAGCGCAGUCAAAGAGGAGCAGGCGCCGUACAAUCCUGCUGAAAAGAUCGAUGACUUGGAGUCAUUUUUCCUGCAGGCGGACCCUGUAACUGGCAAAUGCUAUGUGCUCACUUUUUCUGCGGCGCAUAAUCUCACCUUGGCGGAUCUGAUGCCCGCAGAAAUCGCCCCCGUCAUUGACGCAUGGACCGAAAUUUACACGGCUCACCUCUCCCCAAAAUCGCCCCUCGCCGCUGUUGCGCCUCUGACGACUUUGUCUCUUAACUCCGUGAUGGCGGAGCUGUCCAAACCCAAGGAGCAAUACCGAUAUAUGCAGAUCUUUGAAAACAAGGGAUCGGCUAUGGGAUGCUCGAACCCCCAUCCGCACGGCCAGGUCUGGACCACAAGUUCGCUGCCCGAGGAACCGGCAAUGGAAUUGGAGCAGCUGAAGAAGUACCGCAAAGAGCGUGGAGGCAAGCACAUGCUGGAGGAUUAUGCGGCCCUGGAAAGCGAGAGGAAGGAGCGAGUGGUGUUCGAGAAUGAGGCUUUUUUGGUGGUCUGUCCCUGGUGGGCUAUCUGGCCGUUCGAGACGAUGAUUGUCAGCAAGAAACACAAGCGGGCGCUGGUUGACUUGAAUGCGGACGAGAAAGGACAAUUGGCGGAGGCCAUUGCGGAGAUCACACGACGGUAUGACAAUUUGUUCGAGACGCACUUCCCUUACAGCAUGGGUAUCCACCAGGCGCCGCUCGAGGGCACCGAAGAAGAGAUUGAGUCGUCGUAUCUGCAUCUGCAUUUUUAUCCUCCGCUGCUGCGCAGCGCCUCGGUGAGGAAAUUUUUGGUUGGGUAUGAAAUGAUGGGUGAGCCCCAGCGUGACAUCACCUCGGAACAAGCUGCCGCAAGACUACGGGGAUGCGGAGGAGAGCUGUAUAGAAAGAAGAUGGACAGUUGA